UUAGCUAAGAAUAAACUUAAAGAGUUACACAGUGUAGCUUUAGGUCUGGGUAGAUUAGAUGGUAAGCAAACAAUCAGGUCUUGUAAUCAACAUGUUGGAUGCAGGAGAAAUGGGCAGGAAUAAAGAUCUGAGCAACUUUGACAAGGGCCAAAUUGUUAUGGCAGGGCACCUGGGUCAGAGUAUCUGAAACAGCAAGGCUUGUUGGUUUCUCCUGGUCAGCAGUGGUAUGAAUUUACCAGCACCUACAAUGGGCACAUGAACAUCGUAACUGGACCUUGGAGCAGUGGAGCAAAGUCGCCUGGUCCGAUGAGUCCCUUUUUCUUUGACAUAACAUGGAUGGCCAUGUACAUGUGUGCCAAUUACCUGGGGAAGCGAUGACACCUGGAAGCACUGUGGGAUGACGACAAGCCGAUGGAGGGAGUGUGAUGCUCUGGGCAAUGUGCUGGGAAACCCUAGAUCCGGUUAUUCAUGUGGACAUAAAUUUGACACUUGCCACGCUACCUGAACAUUGUUGCAGACCUGGUACACCCCUUCUUGAGAAUGGUGUUCCUGGGUGGAAGUGCCAUCUUUCAGCAGGAAAAUGCACAUUACUCACAUUGUUCAAGAAUGGUGGAACAUGAUGAAAAGUUCAAGAUGUUGCCCUGGCCUCCAAAUUCUCCAGAACUCAAUCCAAUAGAGCCUCUCUGUAUAUGUAUAUAUUGUUUUUAAACUAAACUUUGUUUGGCUUGUGGAUAAAAAGCAUAUUAACAGUCAGCAACAUAACACUAUGUUUGCUCGCUGAGCUUGUGAACUCUUGGGCGAGCAGAUAUUAAAGGACAAGGCCAGGCGGCACAGAUCAUAUGUCUUCAUGUCAUCAGGGUGGGGGUGAUGCACAAGCUUCUCUUGCUCAGUUACAUUAAAAUGAGCGUCUGAAAUACAUCACACUGCUCAGGACACAAGUCGGGGAUCUUUCCGGAUAUUUUUCCCUAAUGAUGGACGCGCUUCCAAAGGACUUUCUCAGAAGAACCCGUUGUGACAGUGCCGCUUCAAGGCCCCAGUUUACAAACUGUCCCACAUUGAUUGUGAUGAUUGGACUGCCGGCCAGAGGUAAGACCUACAUCUCCAAAAAGUUAACCCGAUACCUAAAUUGGAUUGGAGUGCCAACUCAAGUAUUUAAUUUAGGUCAGUAUCGAAGGGAGGCUGUGCAGACAUACAAGAACUAUGAAUUUUUUCGUCCGGACAAUGAGGAGGCCAUGAAAAUCCGCAAAACCUGUGCCUCAAAUGCUAUUAAGGACAUUGCCAAUUACUUCGCUAAGGAGCAGGGACAAGUAGCAGUGUUUGAUGCUACCAAUACCACGAGGGAGAGAAGAAGCAUCAUCAUCAGUUUUGCAAAGGAGAAGGGCUACAAGGUGUUUUUCAUUGAGUCGAUUUGUGACGACCCUGAAAUCAUUGAGGCAAAUAUAAUGCAAGUAAAAUUAAGCAGCCCGGAUUAUGAAAACUACGACAAAGAGGAAGCACUGGUGGACUUCCUGAAACGUAUUGAUUGCUACAAAAUGUCCUAUGUCUCCCUGGAUGAGGAAAAGGACAAGCACCUCUCAUUCAUUAAGAUAUUUAAUGUGGGAUCCAGAUACCUCGUAAACCGGGUCCAGGAUCACAUGCAGAGUCGUAUUGUGUAUUACCUCAUGAACAUCCACGUCACUCCACGAUCCAUCUAUCUGAGCCGCCAUGGAGAAAGUGAACUCAACCUGCGGGGGCGAAUCGGUGGAGACUCGGGUCUCUCCUCACAGGGCCUAAAGUAUGCUAAGGCCCUCUCCGAGUUCAUCAGGGGUCAAUCCAUCAAUGACCUGAAGGUGUGGACCAGCCACAUGAGAAGGACCAUACAGACAGCCGAGGCACUGGGCGUCCCAUAUGAACAGUGGAAGGCGUUGAAUGAAAUCGAUGCUGGUGUAUGUGAGGAAAUGACUUACGAGGAAAUUCAGGCGACCAAUCCAGAAGAGUUUGCCUUAAGAGACCAGGACAAGUACCGCUACCGAUAUCCAAAGGGUGAAUCAUAUGAAGACCUGGUGCAUCGUCUAGAGCCAGUCAUAAUGGAGCUUGAGAGACAAGAGAAUGUGCUGGUCAUCUGUCACCAGGCAGUCAUGCGUUGUCUACUGGCCUACUUUCUGGACAAAAGUGCAGAUGAUCUACCUUAUCUGAAGUGUCCUCUGCAUACUGUUCUCAAACUGACUCCAUUAGCUUAUGGAUGCAAAGUGGAGUCCUUCUAUUUGAACGUUCAAGCAGUGAACACUCACAGGGACAAACCCACAAAUGUGAAUAUCGCAAGAAAGCCAGAAGAAGCACUCCAGACUGUACCUGAACAUUCAUAAUCAUAAAAAACCCUAGAAUUUUCCAUUUUUGCACAAUUUAUGUAUACAUACUGUAGCCUAUAUAGAUUGUGUACACGGAUAGCAAGGUUGGAGGGAAAAUAUAAAAAGGACAGAAGCAUGUGUUUUCAAUUAUCAAAUUGAUUAUGCAGUUUGGUCCAAAAGUCUGAGACCACAUCUGGGAAUGUUUUUUUGUUGUUGUUGUUUUAAUAUGAAAGCAAAAGGAAAGACACUAUGAAAUGUUAAUGUUAAUUAAACUCCUUUAAAUUAUGCCGAUCAUACAUUUUGUUUUAAAUUAGAAAAUAAAAACUCAAUUUUUGCAUUUU